AUGGCCGCUCUCUCUGUUUUCCUUGACGUCCCACUCACCAGGGAAGUGGACUGGCUCCUGGAUGCCUACCGGGAGGAUCCAUCCCCUGACAAGGUGUACCUUGACCACAGGGACUGCCAGACUGAAACAGGCAAAGCAUGGGUCUGCCCAACCGUGAGACAGACCCUGCUGCAGAUCGCCAACGACCCAACCCUGGACCACGAGUACCUCCCAGUGCUUGGGUUCCCCGAGUUCACCAGAGCAGCUACUGAGCUGGCGCUUGGCAGGGAGAGCCGUGCUGUGAUUGAGAACAGGGCAGGUGGCGUUCACACAGUAGGAGGGACGGGAGCUGUUCGAAUUGGAGCCGAAUUCCUCCGGCGCUGGUACAACACAAGUAGUCCGAGUCCCAUAGCGGUUUAUAUUGCCUUGUCGCAGUGGGACAGCCUCCGGUGUAUAUUCCAAGAUGCUGGCUUUACAGAGAUCCGGCCAUACCAUUACUGGGACACCGUGAGGCUGGCUGUAGCCAUAGAAGAAUUCCUGGAGGUGUUGGAGAGUGCCCCGGACUGCUCCAUAGUUGUGCUGCAUGCUCCCGAGGAAACCGGCCUGACUCCCAAGCAGUGGGAAGAAGUUGCCAGGGUCAUGGGGAGGAAGCACCUCUUCCCCUUCUUUGAUGUCCCGGCUCAGGGGCUGGCCUCCGGAGACCUGGACAGAGACGCCUGGGCUCUGCGACACUUUGUGGCCCAAGGGUUUGAGCUCUUCUGUGCCCAAUCCUUCUCGAAAACCUUCGGCUUAUACGAUGAGCAGGUGGGGAACCUGAUCGUGGUGGCGAGGGACAACGAGACGCUGGUGGGAAUCCGCUCCCAGCUGCAGAAGCAAGUGACGGGGACGUGGGCCACUCCUGCCAGUUUGGGAGCCCGGGUCAUUGCCACGGUGCUGAACAACCCGGCCCUGCUGAACAAGUGGAAGCAGAGUCUCCGGAUGCUGGCGGAGAAGAUCAUGCUGAUCCGGGAGAAACUGAAGGAGAAGCUGCGGAUCCUGGGUACGCCUGGCUGCUGGGAGCACCUCACGUCCCAGUCAGGGACACGCAGCUUCACCGGGCUGCUCCCGUCCCAGGUGGCUUUCCUAGAGAAGCACAAACACAUCUAUCUUCUCGGGAGCGGACAGGUCAGUGUCUGCAGCAUCAACUCGCACAACCUGGACUACGUGGCCCAGAGCAUCAACGAGGCUGUAAGCGGCACGGCAGGCAGAGCACAAGGCCUGAGCUGGGCAGAGACGGAGUGA